AUGGACGAAGCUCUUACUGAAACAAAAGAACAUUUUUCGUCUCAAAAUGGAGCCGGUUGUGUAAAACGUUUUGACGAAGACCGAGAGAAGGUGCUAGUCCUUUUGACAUAUGGCCAGCAAGCAGGAGAAAAUGUCGAAAUGGAGACGUCAGGUGUUCUUUCUUCUGCUGCUAAGUCGCUUCAAGAGGAAAACGUUAAAAUAAUCGUCAUUGCCGUUGGGGAUGGAGUCUGCUUUACAGAACUUGUGAACCUAAUUGAACGUCCCCAUCACUUGUUCUGGCUUUUAUCUAUCAGUGACCAGAAAAAAGUCGCAGAGACUAUUGCAGAGGAAAUAGAAAAGACCUCAGGUGAGGAAACUUUCCCUAUCAAUGAAAUACAGUCAAACCUGUAUAAAACGGCACCGUGUUAAGCGGGCACCCUGUAUUCAGCGGUCGGUUGUCAAAGUCCCUAAAUUACUGUCAUUUUGAUCUCUAUUAAGUGUUUGCCUCAGCGGUCGUGAUCUGUUUGUAUUAUCUUCCAACUGUAUUGAAGGGUCACUUUAAGAGGAACCACUUAAAUAGAAUUAAAAAUGGAUCAAUAUCAGUAGCUGGGAACAGACCCUUAUAUAAAACUACCGUAAAAUUUUAACAAAACACCCCCUUAUAUAACUCGCCAUUGUUACAUAGCGACUAUUCAGAGGUACAAUUAAAAAUCCCUGGAUGUAAGAUACGAAUCUAAGACCCCUGGAAGUAACGAAAGCAUUUACGAUCAAUAUCGACAUCUGCGCGCAGACCCCUAGAUGUAAGAUUUUACGAUCGAUAUAAACAUCAGGACACGGGUUUGACAUGGAUGUGACAUUGUAAGGUCAAUAUCAACAUCUGAGCACACGAUACACACUAGAUGUAAAAGUUUACGAUCAACACGGACCCCUGAUCGUAAGAUUUUAUGAUCAAUAUCAACAUCUGGGCAUAGACUCGUCAUGUAAUACAUGUUCAUUUGAACCCCUGAUUGUAAGAACCCCUGAUCGUAAGAACCCCUGAUUGUAAGAACCCCACAGACCUGUCAUGUAAGACACCUUCAUUUGAACCCCUGAAUAUAAGGAACAACGAUCAAUAUCAAUAACUGGACACAGAUGCGUCAUGUAAGAUACACUGAUGUAAACCCCUGAUUGUAAGAAGCCCUGAUUGUAAGAAGCCCUGAUUGUAAUAACCCCUGAUUGUAAGAACCCUUGAUUGUAAGAACCCCAGAUUGUAAGAACCACUGAUUGUAAGACCCCCUGAUUGUAAGACCCCUGAUUGUAAGAACCCCUGAUUGUAAGACCCCCCGAUUGUAAGACCCAUGAUUGUAAGAACCCCUGAAUAUGAGACCCCUGAGUGUAAGGAAAAUUCACGAUCGAUGUCAACAUCUGCGCGUCGACACCUAGAUGUAAAAUUUAACGAUCGCAAUAAACAUCUGGGCACGGGUUUAAUACGAAUAUGAUCUUGUAAGGUCAAUUUUAACAUCUGAGCAGAGGAUACGCACUGGAUGCGAGAAUUCACGAUCAACACAGACCCCAGCCCAGAUCGUAAGAUUUUACGACCAAUAUCAACAUCUGGCCAUAGACUCGUCAUGUAAGACACGUUGAUUCGAAUCCCCGAUUGUAAGAACCCCUGAUCGUAAGAACCCCAGGUUGUAAGACCCCUGAUCGUAAGAACCCCUGAUUGUAAGAACCCCUGGUCGUAAGAACCCCUGAUUGUAAGACCCCUGAUCGUAAGAACCCCUGGUUGUCAGAACCCCUGUUUGCAAGACCCCUGAUUGUAAGAACCAAUGAAUUGUAAGACCCCUGAUUGUAAGAACCCCUGAUUGUAAGAACCCCUGAUUGUAAGAACCCCUGAUUGUAAGAACCCCUGAUUGUAAGAACCCCUGAUUGUAAGAACCCCUGAUUGUAAGAACCUCUGAUUGUAAGAACCCCUGAUUGUAAGAACCCCUGGUUGUAAGAACCCCUGAUUGUAAGAACCCCUGAUUGUAAGAACCCUUGAUUUUAAGACCCCUGAUUGUAAGAACCCCUGAUUGUAAGACCCCUGAUUGUAAGAACCCCUGACUGUAAUUAUAAGACCCCUGACUGUAAUUAUAAGACCCCUGACUGUAAUUAUAAGACCCCUGACUGUAAUUAUAAGACCCCUGACUGUAAUUAUAAGACCCCUGACUGUAAUUAUAAGACCCCUGACUAUAAUUAUAAGACCCCUGACUGUAAUUAUAAGACCCCUGAUAUUAAGAACCCCUAAAUGUAAGGCACAAAUUUGGAACCUCUGAUUUUAAAGUGUUGAUUUAAGCAUAGAACCCUUCAAGAAAAAUAUACAUUUAGGACUGUCAGUUUCAACACAAAUAUUUGGAGUGGUUUCAAACUUUCCAUGCUUUCAAAUCCCGUACGGGCCUGAAUUUCUUUUUCAGGUCCUAUUUUUUCAGGUCCUAUUUUCAACUACUCGUUUCAGUAGUGUUCUUAGCUGCAAGGAUCUCUUAAUUUCAUCUAUUUACCGCAGUGCAAAUAUAUGAAAUUCAUAAAUCUAAAAUCUUCAUUAUUCCGACAAUUCGAGAGUAUGUCACACAAAACAAAAGGGUAUUGAAAGUCACAUCUAAAAAUAGCCUUCGUUACACCGAUUCUAGUUUUCGAUUGGGUUAGCAGCAUGAAUCCUCUUCGUUUCCUGAGUGGCUUUCGGCCCUCCCCGCGAUUGAGCAAUAGGUGCCAUCUCAGUCACAAACAAAACUUUCUCGUGUAAUCAACAAUGAAACAAAUUGAAACUAGACGCAUAUUUGCGUUCACUCGGGCUUUCUGUUGGAAAAAAACUUGUUUUUUGUGCCUGCAUUAGUUUGUGUCUACCGUAAAUGCUAAGUGCAUAUUUUGUAUGCGUUUUGUGCGUAUUAUACACGGUCUCUGUGCUGAUUUUGCACCUAGAUAACUUCUCUUCUUCCGCCAUUACACGAUACUUAUCAGUCAAAACGUCGUGCAUGCGUGUUAAAGACUUGACUGCGAUUUGCAACUGAACGAAAAAAAAAACGAAGUGGGAAUUUCAAUUCGGGCGUUUCCUUUGGAAAGCCAGAGUAACAAAUAAUUUUUUAAUACUUGUGGUUAACUUUGUGACCUGAUUAUCCCUAAAAAUUCCGAAGAUACGCUUGAAUGGUCAACUCAAAUUAAAUCUUGACGAAUUUAUUUUGAAAAUAUCAGACUAUUCCUUAUGGUUUACUUGGUUCACUACGAUGGCGUGUUUCAUGUGUUUGUGUAAGCAACACCAAACAUCUUUCCCUGAUUUAUCACGUCUCCCAGCUCAUGACCUUAAUACGUUGCUUAACUUACAGAUAUUUUCACCUACACAACGAGGAAGGCGAUGUCAUUUGUUGAUUACGGACCCAAAUGGGGCCUUGGAGAGAAAAUCAGUGAGAGCCUAGAUGUUUUGGAGGGCGCCUUGAAUGUAGUGUGUCGAACGAAGAAACCGAAGCGAGAAGGUAAUGAAAAGAACGUAAUUAUAGGUAACGCAAGAAGGAGAAUCUAUGAAGGUUUAAAUGACUUUCACGAGUCAGCAAUCUUACACAGUAAUUUAACGGUUACUAUUGCUGUUUUUGGUGUAGAAGGUGUAGGGAAAAGUGCUCUCUUUAACUUCCUUUUGACUCAAGGAGUCCCUCAGAGCGAUCCAAAUAACCUAUUUAGCAGGCUCAGAGACGGACCUUUGCCCUCGGGUAAAGGUGUUAGACAGACACGUUUGCCCGUCUAUGUUACAAAAGGAAAACAAAUGCGAGUGGUCGUCCACAAAGAAGGAAAAGCUGAAGUAUGGUACCCUGACAAUGGACGGAGGAAUACGCUUUCUAUCGUUCAAAGCACUAAGCUGGUAAGGGAAUACAUCGAGCGCAAUUUUGCAAAGUGGGAACAGGAUGAAGCAUCUUACAUAGAGUUACAAGGCCCAUUUACCAUCUUGCAAGAUUUGGGAGAAAGAAGAACAACGUCUACCGGCCACCUUGAAUUGCUGGUUAAUGUACAGCUUCUGGAUCUACCAGGGCUCCGCGGCGACGAGAAAGGGGAUAAACUCCUUACCUCUGAGCUAAACAAAGCCGAUAUAAUCUUGUUUUUUACCAGUGGCCAACAAGGACGAGGCGUUAAAUCGAAUGACCUCGCAGAUAUUUUUCGACAGCAUGGACAGUUCGACGCCUCAUCUAGGCCAAGACUAGUUAAUGUUGUAAAGGCUGAGGAAUUUACAGAUGUCGAGAGACUGCGCAACGAGAACGAAAAAGCUCUCCUGGAAGAUGCUUGGCCGGUUUUCUUUGGCGAUGAUGAAAGCAAUAAAUGCUACAGGGAAGCCAGGGAGAAACUUCCCCAGCUCGGUGGAGAAGAGCUACUGAUGAAGCUUAAAGAUGAGAGUAAAGUUCUUGUGUUUCAUCCCAAAGACGAAGGUUUUUUGAAGCGCUUAAGGGAUGUAAUCAGCAGCCACGUUGAAAACGUAAUCAUCAAGAAGUCUUUCCACCCAUCUCUUAAGAAAGUCCAUAAGCUUGCGAAGGAGCUCAAUAAAGUAAUUUCCCAAAGUAGAGCAAAGGCUAAGGAGCCAGAGCAGAUAAAGAUAGGCCAUCGCCCUCCCCUAGAGGUAUCAUCUGACGACAUAGGGGAAGAAAGCGUUAUUGAUUUGUUUCUCAGCUCUGAAGAGUUCACCCAGCGGGAAAACCUCGAAAGAGUCUUCAAAGGGUUUUUGUAUAAAUUUGAAACCAUUGAAUUUAUCAAAAAGCGAUUGGAGGUUUCCCUUAAAGAUUUCAGUGAGUGCCUUAUCACUUUAUUUGAGAAUAAUUACAAUUCUAAAUCAAUAUCGAUCGCAAGUGGCCUUAAAGAGGUUGUGGACGUGUUCUGCCAAAGCAAAAUUGAACUUUUUAGCGCGUACAGAUUCAAACCCCUCUACUCCUCGAUUGUGAAAAAAAGGACGCCAACAAACGAUCAAGAGAAGAAGUGGCGGAACUCAACCGAGGAGAUGAGAGAAACCACGCUCAGAGACUAUUUAAAAGAUCUCAUCCACGAAGUCCUUGGUAGAUUGCUCAGAGAGCGAGGUAAAGAAGCGGAUAGUUCACCUUCAAAGGUAAGUGACUCACUGAUGGUUCGUGUGCAAGAUCUACUUGCUAUUACGUCCCUAGAUAACUUAGCAAGCAAACCUGAUAUUUCAAAGGUUCCCUUGAAAAAAGUGAUUGAUUUUUCGAGGGAGGCCAUUCGUAAGCAUAAUCCACAUUUUGACUUGUCCACCCUUGACUCAUAUGAUCAUACCAAAGCUUUUCCUGAAGAAAUGAAGAUGCGUUCUCAAGACGUGUUGAAGAUCGCAACGAAAUCUUCUCCCGAACAGAUUGUUAAAGACAUGGAACACCAACUGUCGUCAGGAAGAGGUGACCUUAUUAGGGAACUAGGAAAAAAAUUAAAGCUCGAGAAACGUUCUCUAGACCCUCCCAGAACAAACCUAGAGGUGGAUGAAGGAAAGUGGCUGUCAGCUCUACUCACUGUGCUUAGUGACCAAGAUCAUUUUGAUGUUUCCCUUGACGAUAAGUUUAAAUUGGAUGAGAAAAGCGAAGCGUCACUUUUGAAUUCCGCUAGAAAGCGCCUUUUUGCCUUCCAGAAGUCACGUGUCAAGUGCGAAAUAGAGGUAACGAACUCCAUUCCUGAAAGAGAAAUUCACGUAGAGAAGCAUAAAGAAUUUCAAAACGUCCUCGCAGCUUCAAUGUCCACUUCAACAAGGAAACUGAUAGACGAUAUCUGUACGAGCUUUACAAGUUGCCAGGUCCAACUGGCACCUAUAUUCAUUCCCACCAUCCGCCCCGGGCCAGAGCGUUCAAGGACAGGAAAUUAUUUUCUGGAAGAGAAUCCUUGGGAUGCGAGCGAGGAUGAAACGCCCAUAGAAGAAAACUUUGAAGGCAAGCUCAAAUUUAACAUUUUUCUAGUAGUAGAAAAGCAACAUUUGAAAAAAAUUAAGUCUACCAUACAUAAAAAGACUCUACCAUCGGAUAGGGAAAUAAAUUUAACGUACGUUGUGUUGCCUGGAAAUGGACACGGAAUUGGUGUCUCAAGGGCAGUAAUCAAAAGUCUUGCUGAAUGCUUCAAGUUUGAUCUCUACUGGACAAUCGAUGAUGACAUAAAAUUCAUGUACCAGUUCAACGAGGAUGACCGCAAAUGGCAUAAGUGUACGUUUGCCAGAGGACUACUGUUCGGUCAGCGAGUGUUCCACCACUGUCGGCAAACAACCUUUAAACAGCCUUCCCAAGAUGCCAUGGAUAACCUCCGAGAUCAAACUCAGGCGCUUUGGCCUGACCAGGCUAAAAGGUCACAAACGUUCAGAGAAGCCCGAAGAUUACUUAGUGAUGAUGAUAUAAAGAAAGUAAGGGAUAGCCCAGGUCUCUUACACUCUCCAUUCACUACUGAGAACAUAUCGAAAGAUUGUGAAGGAGGUAACAUUGGCAGUGAUGAACUCAGUAAAAUUGAGAAAAAGUUUGUAGAGAGCUGCAGGAGCCUUUUAUUUAGUGAAGAAGUCAACCGCAUUGCUGGGGUUUCGAUCGCCCACAAAGCUUCUCAGAGGUUUGAUAUCAUGGGUGUGCACCCAAGUGCGCAUUUCAUGCCAAGCAAACAGCGUUACCAAGUCGUUCUUCAUAACACAUGUGCUUUGAAAGAAGUGAACUAUGUCACCGACGACAUGAUUUUCCAUGAAGGUGAAAAUCAAGUCAAAGACCCAAACUGCCGCAACACUCCUUACUGGGGAAUUAGGCAUAGUGACAAGUCAUUCUGUCGUGCCCUUGAAGUCAAGGGUGUCACAGGAUUUCAGGUUAUCUGCGUCAACCACGAACACGAAAAAGAUUUAGUCAACGUUUUCCAAAGGUUUGGUCAUUCGUAUGAAGACUCGAACUCACCCUAUGGAAGUGACAAUCAAAAUUAUGCUUGA